CUUUUUGAAAGUUUUCAACUUUUCACGUUCCUCUGUCUUCUUGAGCGUUGGUUUCCAUGAAGGAUGCUAGACAGAGAAACGGAGAAGUAGAGGCCUCCGAGAAGAAAGAAGCAGAGGCAGAAGCAGCGCAUGAAAACGGGCGUGUCUCCGACGUUGUAUUGGGUUUGGACGGUGGAGCCACCUCCACCGUCUGUGUGUGCAUGCCAUUGCUCCCCUUUUCCGACCACGACCUCGCAGACCCUCCCCCCGUUCUCGCACGGGCCGUCGCCGGUUGCUCCAACCACAAUAGCGUCGGAGAGACCGCUUCCAAAAAUACAUUGGAACAGGUUAUGGCUGAAACCCUCUGUAAAUCGGGUUCAACUUGGUCUGCUGUUCGUGCUGUUUGUUUAGGUGUUUCUGGUGUUAACCAUCCAAGGGAUCAGGAAAGAAUACUAAAGUGGCUAAGGGAUAUAUUCCCUAGCCAUGUAAAGCUAUAUGUUCACAAUGAUGCCCUAGCAGCUCUGGCCAGUGGGACCAUGGGAAAGCUUCAUGGAUGUGUUUUAAUUGCUGGUACAGGAUGCAUUUCUUAUGGUUUUUCUAAAGAUGGUAGAGAAGCACGAGCUGCAGGUGCAGGACCUCUUUUAGGUGAUUGGGGAAGUGGCUAUGGGAUUGCUGCACAGGCAUUAUCAGCAGUAGUGAAGGCUCAUGAUGGUCGUGGUCAACAGACGAUGCUUACAGAUACUAUUUUGAAGGCUCUUGGCCUUUCUUCUCCUGAUGAAUUGAUAGGGUGGACUUAUGCCGAUCCAUCUUGGGCACGCAUUGCAGCACUUGUUCCAGAAGUGGUGUCUUGCGCCGAAGCAGGUGAUCAAAUUGCAAAUAAGAUACUGGUUGAAGCAGUCCAGGAACUGGCUGUGUGUGUGAAAGCUGUUGCUCGAAGACUUUGCUUGUGUGGUGAAGAUGGAAAUGGCUCUUUCCCAAUUGUAAUGGUUGGUGGUGUGCUUGAAGGUAACAAAAGUUGGGAUAUUGGAAAAGAAGUUAUUAAUUGCAUUCAUAAACAAUACCCGGAGGCUUAUCCAAUUAGACCAAAGGUAGAGCCUGCCGUUGGGGCAGCUUUGCUGGCCAUGAAUUUCUUGCUGAAAGAAUCAGAAAGGCACCAUAAUAGCUGACAAAGGAGUUCCUUCAACUGUUUUACUGCAAUAGAUAUUCAAAGAAUAUUGUUCUUGUCAGUGAUUCUUUUGUGUGUUGGCUUGUUGCAAAAGAUACUGUGGAACUCUAUACCGCUUACAGAAGAUGAAAAGAUAAUUGGUAUGAAUAUACAAUAUGUAAAAUGCACCAGAAUUGAUCCUGAUGGUUUAUUUCUUUCUAUUACACGUAUAAUUAGCGAGCUUCUUAA